UGUGCGAGGACGCCUUGAGUGCUGGACAUUUUACUUUUAGUUUGGAACCGUUGGAUAGAGACAACACGUCGAUUGUUUCUAGCGAGGCCAUCUGGUCGGAUGUCGUUGAGCGCCUAGGCGAUGCUUUCGGAAUUUCGUCGCCUACGGAGAUUCAGCGUCUUGCCUGGUCUUCAGAAAACUUUGGACGUGAUUUAAUACUGAAAGCACCAACUGGGACCGGUAAAACAUUGGCGUAUCUGAUACCAAUCAUUCGGAGUGUUAUCCUACGAAAAGCUGAGAUAGGGCAAUCAAGAGAAAUGGCUACCUGUGGCGGCAAUCACAAUCUUCGAGAGGUUGACCAGGACUUCAACAUCGAGGCACUCAUUCUUUGCCCGACACGUGAUCUUGUAUACCAGGUGCGGGACUCACUAGAGAAACUACUACUUCUCACACCCGACGUGCGCUUUACUCACUUGACUUCUGCUGGUAACAGAGCCAAGUCUUUGCAAGAGCACGAAAGUCUUCAUGAACACAGUUGUCAACCGGUUCGAAGCGAGGCAAAAAACAAAUAUACCAAGAAAGAACACGGAUAUUUUGAAGAAGAUGCCAGAGCUGCUGUGGCUUGUGGUGCAGAGCGCAGUUCGGUUUCAAUUCCACAACAUGGUUUAGGAGAUCUUGCGCGGAUCAAGCUUGAUCGCCCGCAUAUCCUCGUUGCGACGCCAGGAAAAGUUGCGUGGCAUUUGAUGAGAAGCGAAAAGACAUCGUGCGACUCAUCUCGGAGGUCGUUAAACUUCCGAAAUUCGUUUGGGAAUUUGGAAACCCUUGUUCUCGAUGAGGCAGACGCAUUACUGGACAUGAGCGCGUAUUAUCAUCAAGUGUCGUACAUUGUGGACACAAUACGAAGUAUCAAGGCCAGAGACAGGUCAAAACCUGCAGUCGCCGAAUCGAAUGCGAUCUUUGAUACUCCUGGUUUGGGCAUUAGACACUUGCAAACCGUGCUGGCUUCAGCAACUUUCGCCUUUGAUCGUCAGAAGGUAGCCGAGAGAAAACUACUACGAAGGAAUUUUGCAGUUCUUGACACAACAGGAGUACAUAAAGAUAACCGAUUGAAAGAGAACGCCGACGCACCAUCUUGCGCACUACAUCCAAGUUUCCUGGCAGGAGCUUUUUCACCACGACAUGAAAAAAGCAGGGAAAUCCUCAAAAAGACAGAACUGGAAGGGGGCUUUUCAGAGGCGCAUGGCAAAACAAAGGAUGAACAGUUUUCCCAACGUGGAAGAUGCGCUAUGGAAAGGAUAGACGAAGCCGACGCCUCCGCCAAGGAGAACAGUGAGGACUCAGGCUCAAGCUCCUGUACCUCGCCCCAGACAACAGCAGGCACUCGUACAGAGUUUUACCAUGUGUAUCAGCCUGAAAACCUGAUGUCUGACCUCGUCCAGAUUCUCAGCAACCCGAAGCACCGACGAUGCCUGGUUGUUUUUCCUACGAGGCGCAUGCUUCAGUUCUUCUACGUGCUCUUAAAACACUUUCACCGAUACCCUCGAGGCGCAAAAUACUUUGCGCUUCACACGAACCUAGCGGAGGAUAAGCGGAGGGCCGUCGUUGAGCGCUUUACGACAACACGACUCAAAAAGGACCUCAAUGUAGAUUUUACUGCGGAACGAAGUAAGCAAAUAGACGAUGACGACAGUCCAAAAGCAAAUGAAAACUCUGCAGUUGUUAAGGAGCAUUCUGAAAAGGGUACAAAAGAAAUCCUCUUUGCGUCUGAUGUCGCGGGUCGUGGAUUAGAUUUCUGUGAGGUGGAUCUUGUGGUACAAGUCGGCAUGGGUUUCUUGGGUGUAGAACAGUACACCCAUCGUUGUGGGAGAACUGCACGGCAUGGAAAACACGGAGAGAGCAUCCUGUUGCUGAAUCAGUUUGAACGGGACAGUGUUGCUUUUGGCCAACUGUUGCGUGAUUCCAGGAAAUCCGAUGUAACUCCGGACGAACCUCAAAAAGCAAGGAAAGAAACCCGCGGCAGAUCUCCUGUUCCCGAAGAAUUUCAAAAUACUGAAGACUUAUCCCGAGUUUCAAGCGAGGCUUGGAACUCGCCACCUGUUGGACUUCGUGAGCUCCAAGUUGAGCACCAUCAGCAGUCCUCAUUUGGAGUUGCAAGUUUUACGGAUAAGAAUCAUGAGUGCUGUUCUCAGCCUUGGUGGUCUUUUAACCACUUUUAUGCAAGCAGCGAGCUGAUGUACAAAUCGAUGCUGGCCUUCUUCGAUCGUCAGAAAGGGGAGCUAAAACUACAGCCGAUUAACAUACAUUACCUCGCCUAUGGUAUCUUAAGGAGUUGUUGCUUUUUCACAACGAGGACAUCAACAAGUUGUGGCAUUGACGUAAAAGAACAAACAAGGGAAGGCGAAGUCGUGGUGACACCCUCAUCAAUACCUGUAAAGCUGCCAGACUCUAUGUUCCCACCUAAAAUUUCACGUGGGUUGGCGAAGCGUCUGAAUCUCGGUGGUCUUUCCGAUGUCCGCAUUAACACGAACACUCAGAGGAUCGAGCUAUUGGCUGCAAUGCCUUCAUUCCCUGGCUUCCAGAGUCGCCAGCUUCAGCAGUUUGUGGUGCCGAAGAAGCACUCAGGAGAAGAAGCAGACACAAAAAGCCCCUAGUAGCAAUGGGUAGUGAGGUACUUCACCAAAGACGAGUUAGUACUCUUACUAGUUACUCGCGCUUUUAGAGUACCAUGAACAUGAUUGAGUUAAAGAUCACUUGCACUUCUAUGUAUGUCUAAGUACUAUACGUAUAACUCAAUAAAUUUGGUUUCAGCAUCCGCUCACACUGUGUAGGGCCAAUGCACUAACCCAUCGAAGAUGUAUACCUGUGUAUUACAUUAAGUACCUUGUUGUGAAAAGCUCAGUAAGCCGAGGAUGAUAGACAGGCUAAGUGCCAACUUUCUGCUUUUGUCCUGCCGAUGUAUCAGUUCUGCCAGGAGAAUCAAAAACCGUAAGCGACAGACCGCACUUGUUUCUUAUUGGGCAGCACACUAGGAGCACGAAG